AAAGGCCGUACAGCGCUGCACUGGGCGGCAGGGGCUGGGAACGAGCAGGCUCUACGUCUGUUACUAGACCAUAAUAAUGAGGUGGAUGUGGAGGACAGUUUUGGUAUGAAUCCUCUGCUGCUGGCAGCCUGGUUCGGUCGCCUCAAGAUCCUACAGAUCCUCGUGGCCUCUGGCGCAAAGCUCAACUGUGAAAACAAAAAUGGGCUGGGCCUGCUGCACUGUGCCGCCCAGCGGGGUCAUAGCAGAGUACUGGAGUUCAUCAUGGAGGACCUAGUAGAGGAUGUACUGCUGGACAGGAUGGACAAUUCUGGGAAGACGGCGUUUCACCUGGCUGCAGAACAUGGACAACUAGAGGUGGUUGAGUUCCUCAUCGGUAUGGGCUGCACUCACGGCCUCAAGGAUAAGGAUGAAAACAUGGCCAUCCAUCUAGCAGCCAAGCAUGGACAUAACGAGGUCCUGCAGAAGUUAGUUGAGACAGGAGUGGACAUUGACGAGAGAAACAUAGACGGACUGACACCUCUGCACCUGUCCUCUGAUGGAGGUCACUAUGAAUGUGUCAAACUACUGCUGGAGGCCUGCUGUAAUGUCAACGCGCUGACAAACAAGAAUAUGAAUGCCCUCCACUACGUGGCCCAGCACGGCUUUGAGAGGGAGACCAGUCUGCUACUGGAGGCGGGCAUCAACACAGACACGGUGGAUGGCCAACACACAUCCCCUCUUCACAUCGCCGUGCUCCACAAUCACACCGAGGUGGUACGGCUGCUAAUAGACGCUGAAUGUGAUCUGGACAUAUCUGACAAUAGGCUCCAGACAGCCCUGCACAUUGCAGCAGAGCAUGGAAGACAGGACAUCGCUGAGAUGAUCCUCAUAGCUGGGGUUAACCUCAAACUACUGGAUAAGCAGGGGAAGACUUCUCUGGAGGUGGCAGCCAGAGGAAACCAUGUCAUCUUAGUGGACAUGAUCAUCAAAGCAGACCGGUUUUACAAGUGGGAAAAGGACAACGUGAUCAGCGAUGAUGAUUCGUGGCUGGGAAAGCAGCUGAGCUUUAAGCAGGACCACCAGGUGGAGACCCAGCACCUGCGCUCUGUCACGUGGAGGCUGGCCACCAAAGACCUGUCCCGCGGGGAGUGGAAGAGCCUCGCACAACACUGGGGCUUCACGGAUGCCCACAUACGCUCCAUAGAGCAGCAGUGGACAGGUACAAAGAGCUUCAAGGAGCAUGGGCACCGUAUGUUGCUGAUCUGGCUGCAUGGAGUAGUCAUCGCAGGGGAGAACCCAAUCAAAGGCCUGUAUGAGGGACUGACGGGGAUCUCCAGGACCGACCUAGCUGAAAGCAUCAGACAGAAGGCAAAUGCAGACACAAGCUCUCCCAAGAAAUGCACCGCCAUGUGAACAAGUCCAUCCUGAAACACACUGAUAUACUGCAGGAAUAAAUGCCCAUCCCAGGGUUCAAAACUAAAAAUAGUGUCUGAAUAAAGUUAACACACUGAACAAAAUAUAAAUGCAACAUGUAAAGUGUUGGUCCCAAGUUUAAUGAGCUGAAAUAAAUGAUCUCAG